UAAGCCUAGGGUUGAGUUGGAAAAAGAUACUGAUUUACAGAAACAAAAUUAGAGAAGAUCUUAUAUGAUUGCUAAGUUGUCAGGUAGUUUAUAUAAGUGCUAAUGCUUUCUGAAAAGGGGUACAUCCGCAUUUCUGUUGUAAGGGCCCCAUCUUGUGGAUGUAGUUUGAUUAAAGUAGAAACUUCAUCCUGAGAAUUCCAGGUGGAGAUAUUUUCAGUUGGAAAAAUAUUACAUAACAAGUUGAUGUUAGAAUUCUAACCAUGUUAUGAAGACUAUUAUUUCAGUUCUCAAAAAACUUAUUUUCGUCUCAGAAAUACUGAAAGUUGUAAGUAUUUUAAAAGUACACGUAAGUACUUCUGAUUUAUACUUUCUGCUUUUGUUUCUCUUUUAAAAUCAGAUGCUUAAGAAUAACGUUUCUGACCAUAAGCUGAAUGUGGAAGCCAUAAUUAAAAAUAUUAACACAAUUUCUUUGGAAUUGAAGAAGAUGAAAGAUUUGCAUCACAUGCGCAUGCCUACAGCAGCCACUGCCAAGGGGAAUGGGACUGCCAAGACCAGUGGGACUGCCAAGACCAGUUUGGACCAGUCAGAAUUUACCGAUGGAGAUGGGGAAAGGAUCACUUCAAAUGAAGUCAAGUUAUGCCACCAAGAAGAAGAAGGGAGUGGCUGUUAGUUAGGCACCAAAUAGUGAGUGCCUGUUAUGCUUUUUCUGAGUGUGUUCUCCAUAGGUUCUCAGUAGGACAGUAUUUCCCAGACUUUGAUCUGUAAACCCUGCUGUGUUAAGAGACAUUAAUAGAUGGUCUGCAAAAAAAAACCAAAAAAAAAAACCAAACAAACUGGAG